GGUGCUUGUGCAAAGAGGCAAAGGUUAGCAGUGAAAUAUUAAACAGUCUGAAGCUGCAGCAUUACGUGCUCUAGAAGAUUUCUGCAGUGUGCAGGAUGAAGAUUGAUAUCCAUAAUCAUAUUCUGCCCAAGGAAUGGCCCAAUCUGAAAGAGAGGUACGGAUAUGAUGGAUUCGUCCAGCUGCACCACCACUGUAAAGGAGAGGCCAAAAUGAUGAAGGAUGGGAAAGUGUUCCGGGUGAUUCAGGAAAACUGCUGGGACGCUGAGGCUCGGAUACGGGACAUGGAUAAGCAUGGUGUAACAGUGCAAGCCCUUUCUACAGUACCUGUAAUGUUCAGCUACUGGGCCAAACCUCAGGAUACUCUGGACCUGUGUGGAAUCCUGAACGAUGACCUGGCAACCACUGUCCGGCGGUACCCUAAGCGUUUCAUUGGCCUGGGAACGCUGCCCAUGCAGACUCCUGAGCUGGCUGUGCAGGAGAUGAGACGCUGCGUGAAGGAGCUGGGCUUCCCAGGAGUACAAAUUGGUUCACACAUCAACAACUGGGACCUCAACGCACCUGAGCUUCAUCCCAUCUAUGCUGCUGCUGAGGGGCUAAACUGUGCAAUAUUUGUGCACCCGUGGGAUAUGCAGACAGAUGGUAGAAUGGCCAAGUACUGGCUGCCAUGGCUAGUUGGUAUGCCUUCGGAAACUACAAUGGCGAUCUGCUCUAUGAUAUUUGGGGGCAUUUUUGAGAGAUUCCCUAAGCUAAAGGUGUGCUUUGCUCAUGGAGGUGGUGCUUUUCCUUACACCGUUGGACGAAUUGAGCAUGGCUUCAACGUGCGGCCAGACCUGUGUGCUACAGAUAAUAAGAUCAAUCCACGCAAAUAUUUAGGAUCCUUUUACACCGAUUCUCUGGUCCAUGACCCCCUUGCUCUUCAGUUACUCAUUGACGUCAUAGGAAAGGAUAAAGUAAUGUUAGGAACAGAUUACCCAUUUCCGCUUGGGGAACUGGAACCAGGAACAUUAAUAGAAUCAAUGAGUGGAUUUGACAGCGUGCUAAAGGAUAAACUCCUGGCAGGGAAUGCUCUUGAAUUUUUAGGUCUACAGAGAAAACAAUUUGAGUGACAUCUCUCUGCUAACAAAAGCAGCAUAUGUUGUGUUCCGGAUGCCGGUAUGAUCAUGCAGGGUAACCAGCUAAACCAGCUUAGACCAGCAUGGCCUACAAAAUCUGAUGGAUCAGUGAUGGAUAUAAAGAUGAAGGAGUAACAUUGCUGCUAAUAUAAUUGAUUUAACAUGAUCAUUUCUAUCAAGAGUUGUUUUGAUUUUUGAAAAGAUCUUGCCCCUCAAAUAUUACAUUAUUUUGCAAAUUCAGUGUGCGAUAUGAUUCAUUCAUUAAUUUAUUCAUUUAUUGUUUAUAUCCCAUCACUAGCCUAGGGUAAGUGCCUUUUCUACCACAUAUCUAAGCCAUAGAGAAAUCCAGCUUAGCCCCAGGGCUGCUAAUAUGGGCAAAAUCCUGACUAAAGAAUGACGCAUGACAGGGCGGGUAUGUUGACACCAGUGGUCUUCUCUGCAAACCUAAUAAAGUGCUGCAGUUGUAAAUGUCAUGUUUGGUGGAACUGCUCUGAUGGAAAUGGUGACUCAGUCGUUUCUGUGGGUUUCUUUUAAUGAAUAAAGAGGCUAGAUCCCCACAAUAA